AUGGCCGAGCAACUGGUAGACGGACCACCGAACAAGCGACCGAAAAUAGGAGCCCCAGACACACCAACCGACAAUGCUGGUAAAUAUAAUGUCAACUGAUUUUUUUCCUGUGUUUGUGAGCGUUUUAAGUUUGCAGUAGUAGUGAGUUCUCCAGGUCUAUGUUCCGUUCCUUUAACUUAUUUAAAUUACCGUCUUCCCUUUAAAGAGUUCAAUUGGAAGUUUAUGGAAGACCUGGAUGCCAGUUUACCCGAUGAACUUGGUGGACCCGCAAUGAUUCCUAAUUCUGAUGGUCUAACUAAUGGUGAAACAACAGCUGAUGUUUCAAGUGCUACCUCGAGUUUGCAGCAAAUUCUUCAAUCGAAUGUUCCCCUGUCAAGUGGCGCGAGCUCUACGCUCAACACCAGUGCCAUCUCUUCGACAGUUAGCUUAUCUAGUCCUGAUAGUCCAUCGUUGACUACUUUAACAUCGGUUAAAAGUCCGGCAGUGAACAAUUCUUUGUCGUCUCCUCCUCAAAUGCCGGUCAGUACGAGUGGGACUCCUACUCCUGCAACACCGCUCACUUCAUCCAAUGACCUCCAUCUUGGAAGUGUUGGUUUGAGUCCUGCCCCGUCAUCGUCUCUGCCGAUGUCAACAGUGAACUCGGCAUUGCAGAGUAAGGUGGCGAGGGAUGCAAGACUGCAAGUUGCAGCCCAGUAUGGUAAUAAUUCGCUCGAUAUGAACAUGCUUGCCAACAACAACGCUUUGAUGGGAUCUAUGAAUGGGCCUAGCUCAGCGACUCAAUCGAUCGCUUUGAAUACAGUGGCGCACGAAAUCGGAGCGACAUUUUCUCGAACUACUAAUAUGAACGCGAGUAAUUCCGGGAGCAAUCCCUUUCAAAAUCCGUUGCCUCAGCUGCAACAAGAACAGUUGGCGAAUAAUUUCGUGAGUCAUUCUGGUAUGAACGGAAGCCCAGAUCAAUCCAGAGUAUCUUUAGGCCAAGUAAGUACUGAGCUUUUCGUAGUCAUAUGUAAACGUAGUGGCUGGCUUCUGCAUUGAUAUUUCGUGGCUGUCAAACGGUAGAUGUCCUUUUCCUUACUGCUAAAUCCAAUGUCAUCUUGAAUUUAGUUUUCUCCUUCUUUAGUUCGAGCUGUAUUCGUGAAAAUGAAAAGGCAUUGCACUAAAACUAGACGGAAAAUGAAAAAUAUUGUCGAUCUUUGGCUAUUGCAGUGAUUUUCCCUGUUGUUUUGUUGAUGAGCCAUUCCUGAACAUCACUGAACUCUCCAUGUCGUGGUAUUUUAAUCAGGGUAACUUAUCCUGACAGCUUCUCGUAUUGUCUAACCUUGCUUCACCUUUGUAUGUUUUUUUUGUGGAUGGAAAAUACGUUAUGCGUUUUAUUUUCCGAAAUUUGUUGGUGCGGUUAUUAGCUGUAUUUUUAUCGUAUUUGGCUUACAGUUAAUUUUUUGGUUAUUAUUAUGGUAUAUUGCAGCAUACAGCGUCUUCUUUGAAGCUGCUUUAAACGUUGGGAGUGAAAGGAACACAGUUUAAGUCGUUGUAUUGCACAAAUCUACAUCAGUUUAUUCAGCUUUGAUAAGAUUUUUAAUUUGUUACAUUUUGAAAUUUUGGCCUAAUUUUUGAUCCUGUAACUUCAAAUAGUAUGAACUUUUGUAGUUUAUUUUUGUUUCAGCUACCUGUCUUGUUUACCCUAUAAAUCUUUUACUAUUUGUUCUGUCAGUUUGAGAUAAUAAAAUAGAGGUAGUUUUCUCUUUUAACUGCUUCAUAGUAUACAACCUGUCUGAAUGAUAGACUGACCUCAUGCAGGAAUAUGAAGUCUACUUAGUAUUAUUGUUUGGUUAUUAUUGUAACAACUGUCUGGGAAAGUUAUGUUAUGAGUUAACAAAUGGCAAUUAACUGCCCAGAUCAAAAUUAAUACAUAGAAAAUUUAUUGUAAAGUGAGUGGACUGAAACCAUGGAAAUGUCUUGUGUACUCAACAUGCACAAAGUUAUAAGGAAAAUCUUUUAUGAGAUUAAGUGCUGCUUUUUGCUUUUAAAGUCUUUGGUUAUUCUCAAGAGGCUAAGGAACUGACAGGAUAACCCUAAGUGAAGCUAUAUUAGAAGUUAUUGUGAUCACUUAAAAUGCAUUAAGUUGUCUGUAAAAGUUUACAUCUAGUGGUUAUUACUUGAGUUCAAGUUUCCCAUUAAAUAUUUGAUUUUGUAACUGAGGCUGUCUUUUUGCAGAAUUAUUAAUCACAAUUAUUACACUCUUUCUAACAUUUGCCAACCUAAUCAUAAUAACUUUUUCUCAUUAUUUUCAUUAGAAUAAUGUCUUAGACAUUGGUCAUAACAUUGUAAACCACUUAGCUUUGUGAUGACAAUGUUUACUUUAAUUGAUCUGUUUUUAAUCAAUUGCUAUACACUUUUCUUUUCUUUCCAGCAGGCAUCAGGAUUAGCUCAGCCUCCAACAGCAGACCCUGAGAAACGAAGACUAAUACAACAACAACUAGUACUUCUGCUUCAUGCACACAAAUGCCAACGUCGAGAGCAACAGGCCCAAAAUGGAGCUGUGAAACCCUGCAACUUACCUCACUGUCGAACUAUGAAGAAUGUCUUGAACCACAUGACAACAUGUACUGCUGGAAAAACUUGUCAAGGUUUGGGAAAACCUUUGAGUGAUGUGACAAACUUAAAACUAUUAUGAUUUUUUUUUUAUUUUAGGACUAUAAAUAUAUCUUAAGGAAACAUUUUUUGAACAUUGAAUAGUGUAAGUUCAAGUUCUGAAAUUUGUGAGCAUGUUCUAGCCUGCAAAUAACAGUUGGUCCUUGGAAAAAUGUCUGGUGAAUUUCAGGUUUUACUAUGAAACAGCUUUGCUUGGUUGGGCACUAUGACCGUGGGUUUCUGAUGGCAGAAAAUAUUAUUAAUUUUGGAAAAGUUUUGUCAAAUCGUGAAAGGAUUAAGCUUUUGAUCAAUUGUAUAAUUCUGGUUAUGACUCUUUGGAGGCUGUAAAGUGUGUUAUGUUAAAUGGAACUAUAGAACCAUGUGAAUUUAAGACAUAUAAGUUCUAUCCACGCUCUUUGGUUAUAAGAGCUAACCAAGCAGGCUAAAAAAAGGAAAAAAGUCUACUUUGUUUGUAUUCCCCAUGGUACAGAGGUAAUAGUUACAGAAGGAAACUAUGGGAAAAAUUAGGGUGGUUGCCUGAAAGGCUGGAUAAUUCUGCAUUAAAUUAAAAUUCAGCUGACUGAUUUCAAGUUAGUCUGUUUCACCAUAUGAGUACCAAAUUUAUUUUAACCAUGUGAGCAAAUGACCUGUCUUGUGACAGGAAUUUUGUGUAGGCUUGUAUAUAUCAAGUUGUUGUGCCUGAUCUCAUGUUUAUGUUUCAGUUGCCCAUUGUGCUUCUUCAAGACAAAUUAUUUCACACUGGAAAAACUGCAUGAGACGGGACUGCCCAGUCUGCCUCCCUUUGAAGCAUGCAUCAGAUAACAGAAAUCGAGGUAUUAGACAGUUAAUUAAUUUUAUUCACUUCAUUGCUAUUUAUUCCAUUAAUGGAUGUCAUCUCUAAUUUACGUGCAAAGUCUUUCAUGUUAAUUCUUUAUUUUUUUCCUUUAUCAAGCUUAUGUUAAUAUCUCUCAAAAUUUAAGGUGUGUUGCUGUAACCAGGAGUUUCUUUUUUUUUCCCUUUCUUCAAAGUUCAAGGAAGUGUCCAAGGUAUUGAAAGGGCAUAUGAAGCUCUUGGUAUUACUUUAGCAACAAAUGGAGAACCACGGUUACAGCCAUAUACUGGUAAGGAAAGGCUUCAAAGUUGUUUUCCUUUCUAUCCUGGUGAUUGUGAUGGUUCUGUGUUUUAAGCAAGCGCUGUUUUAACAUUGUAGCUAUUUGAUUAUAUAAAGUCCUUUUUACAAGGGGGAAUUUCAUUGUGUGUAUUGUAGAAAUUGAAGGAACUUUUCAUCCCUCAUCAAAAAAAUCGAGGAAUGACAUGUACAUGUAUCUGAUGUUGCAACCAAAAUUGCUUAUAUUUUUAUCAAAGGAGAGUGACCAGGAAAACCUUAAUAUAAUUUAUUUAUAGCAAAUACAAAUCUCCUGAGAUCAGAUCCCUCCAUGCAAUUGACAGCGGAUAACAGAUCAUUUGGUGAAACAUCAGCCACAGCGACAAGGUAAGAGUUAUCAGAGUUGAAUGUAGCAGUAAGUUUGUUUUGUUUGAUUUGAUCUGUGCUCAGUAAUCUUUCGUCCACAAAAUUUUAAUCAUCUGUAUUGAAAAAAGCAAUGUCUGUCAAUUCUCUCUUUAGCACAACAGCAAGUGGUAAUCGGGGUCCUAAAGAGUGGCAUCAGCAUGUUACACCAGAUCUCAGGAAUCAUCUUGUACACAAACUGUAAGUCAUUUAUCCUAAUUGAGUUUAAGCAAUCAACUUCUCAAGCUCUGUUGAUUAUUCAAUUUAUAUCAAGUUUUUCGAGAGAGUUUAAGCAUAAAGAAUCUAACUGUUGAAGUUAACAUUUGAUGGUUAAGGAAGAUGCAUCUGAGUAAUGUUCUGGGCUGAAAUUUUGUAUUGCAGUGUCACUGCCAUCUUUCCAACUCCAGUGCAUGAUCCAGCUGCUCUUAGAGAUCGGAGAAUGGGGAACCUUGUUUCAUAUGCAAGGAAAGUAGAGGGUGAUAUGUAUGACACGGCAAAUAGCAGAGUAAGUUGUGAGCUGAAGUUGUUCGAUUUUGUGCUGGAUGCUUUUUCCUUUAGAUUUGUUCUUUUCUCAUUUUCAUUAUGUUAUUUCACCCAACAAUUUCUUUUAACAAACUGUUUUGUGCAACUGUUAGAAAGGAUGGAGAGAAAUGCUUAAUCAACAUUCUUGUUACACUUGAUGUAUCUUGUAGGAGGAAUAUUACCACUUAUUAGCAGAGAAAAUAUACAAGAUUCAAAAAGAGCUGGAAGAGAAACGACAAAGAAGAAUAAAUCAGCAAAUGAGAGGAGGCAUGACUCCAUCACAACGUAAGUGAGCUGUUAAGGGUUUACUGUACAUUAUGAUUUCUCAACUUAAGAAACUAAAUAUUUUUGUUUGCCCUUUCAGUUGCAUUUCCUCAACUAAAUGGAGACCUUGGAGUUCCCCAAAUUCCCUCAGUUGCAGCAGCUGCUGCUCAGGCACAGGCUGCGGCAGUGGCAGCUGUACAUCAAAAGUUUGAUGCACUUGGACAAUCUCAAAACUCUUCUCCCCAAGCUCCACCCAUGACAUCGCCACCUCUACAAGGCACUUUGUCACCUCAUCUUCAAAUAGCAAGUCAAGUUUCUGCUACACAACAAGCACAAACAUCACAGCAGUCCACAGUCCCACUUCCAAAACAGCAAGUUAAAAAUCAGAUGUCUCCAUCAGGGCAAAUGAUGACUACUAAUCAGUCGCAGGGAAAAAAUCCACCUCGUGAAAGUGGGAAAAACUUGGUAGUUACAACUCAGGCUCAGUCACCUGUAUCUCAAGCUGGUGCUGGAAGUUCUAGUGGAUAUAGUUCUGCAACAGACAAUGGAUUAUGUGCUCCUAAUGCUCAGUCUCAGAUGGUUAAAGUAAAGACAGAGCCUGCAUCUCCGCCGGCUGCAAAUUCACAGAUGGGAAAGGUAGUAUUUUUCUUAUUCCUGCCAAAAAAAACCUUCAGGAAAGCAUGAGACUGUAAAGCAAUCCUUUAACCAUGACUGUUAUGCCAUAAGGGUAUUAUAUGUUUUGAUGUUUUCCCAUAUGAAGUUCAAGUUCAGUUUUCUUAUUUGGUCUUUAAAGAGUAAUCUUUGAUUUUGUGGGAUAGAAGAAGACAAUGAAACAAAUUAAAGUACAACAUAUAGAGACAAAGGAUAGCAUGAUCAGAAAUGUUUAAGUUUCCCUGCACACCAAUGCUUCUGUCCAUAUUCUAUCCAAUCAACAUGCCUUAUCAAGGAUCUUAAAAUAAAUUUGGACAAAAAUGACAUUGUUUUACUGUAAUUUCAGCAUCAAGAUAUCACCCCAAGCUCUGCAACUUCAACCUCAGUUCCCCAAAAAGGUUCUUCUACACCUCAAAUAAAGCAAGAGCCCCAACAAGGAGGGUCGACAUGUUCAACUCAGUCUAUACCAACUCCUGGAAACUCCUCAUUAUCCACAUCAUCCUCAUCAAUACCUGCCCCUGGAACAACAAGAUACCCCCUUAAGAAAGGUUAUAAUCUUGUGUCACUUUCCUUGAGUAUUCUAUCUUGUUACAGUGUUUGUCAAUUUAUAUAACAACUUUACUGAAGAAGAAAAAACUUCCUAUGGCUUAUCCCAGUGAAGAAUUGAACUCCUAUUUCAAACUCUUCCUCCCAAAAUUUCAUAAUUUAAAAAAGUCAAUUUUUUAAAAUCUACAACAGUCUCUCAGCUAUAAAAAUGGUUUGAAUAUUAGGGGGGUUGAUGAUGAACUAAACAGAGCGUUAUGUAUUUGAUCAAAAGAGAGAAUUUACCAGGAGUUAAGUGACCUCCUCAGAGUCUCAUUUCUGUUACGAACAAUUCACGAAAGAAAAAAAAUAUAUUGUUCCAAUUGCCUAUAUAUCUACAUCAGAAAUAAGUUAAGUGAAGGUUGGUUCCUAAGUAAAGCUUGAAAAAGCGUUUUUCAAUGGCACAUGUAGCUUCUUGAUUUCCUGGUGUCUGAGAACUUAUGAUUUUAAGGCUCUGAAGCAGAUUCACCUGGGACAAGGUUGGAUAAUAGUUAAGGAAACUUAAGAAUUCUCUCAAAGAUGUUAAGUAGGUUAAUUUAGAAAUUUAUAUUAAUCUCAGGUGUCUGUAAAUGAAAAGGUUGUCCUUUGAGCUUUGGAUUGCAGAAAAGGUCUGUUGGCUAAUUUCUCUUUUUUGAAUUGCUUCUCUUUCAGUUUUCCUCCCAGAGGAGUUAAGGAUUGCACUUAUGCCCACUUUAGAGAAGUUGUAUAAACAAGAGCCAGACUCUCUUCCAUUCAGACAGCCUGUGGACCCAAAACUGUUGGGUUGUUUGGUUAGUUUAUGACAGUUUGUUUGAUUUCUUGUUCUAGUUUCAGUUGUUCAGUUAAAGUGGAAAGUUGAAGCUUCUUGAUUUGUACUCUCAGUGAUGAUUACUUUUUAGGGUUAGGGUUAUCUUUGAAUAAGGGUUUGAAAGAAAUGGUUGUUAUAGUCAAAAAGCUUUCUUCUAAUCAAAUUUUUUGUUUGUAUUUUCAGGAUUACUUUGAAAUAGUGAGAAAUCCCAUGGAUCUCUCUACAAUUAAACGAAAACUGGACGCUGGGCAGUACAAUAACCCCUGGGAGGUUUGUAUGGGUUUAAAUGAUCAACUUGUUUUUAUCACAGAAUGGACAAGGGACAGGUGCCCACCUGAUAAGAGCUGUUCUCUGAGUAGAUGUUGGGUUGGCAUCUAUGUUAAACAACUAAUAAUUUUAAAAAAAACUUCUCAUUUUUCUUGUUGGGAAUUGACUGGGGUUGUUAUUUCAAACAGCCAGACGACAUAUGAAGAAAACAUAAUUAACUUCUUUGUGACAUUUUGUGUUUAAUUCACACAAGUACUGGACAUGGAUUUAAUUGCUACUAGCAGUCUCAAAGUGGAGUACAAUGAGUGCAUUUCAUGUUGUGAGUGCUUAAGGUGACCUCUGAUUGAAAGUUAAAAGCAAGUGUAGGAACCCAGGAAAAGUCUCUCCUCCUGGCAGAGAGAGGUCUUCUCUCUGUUUUUGUCCCCUGAAUGAAGGUGUUGUAUGAUGAAGGUUUCGCCAAAGAACAGGUUCCAUGGAACAAGAUGUUCAUGAUGUAUCUUGGAACACUGCAUUAGAUCUAAUCUUCUAAGAGCAAUCACUAGUAUGUUGUUUCACUGAUCAGUGUCUUUACUUUGUCUUCUGCAGUACUGUGAUGAUGUCUGGUUGAUGUUUGAUAAUGCUUGGUUGUAUAACAGAAAAACUUCAAGAGUGUAUAAAUAUUGUACAAAGGUAAAUGUACAAGCUUUUGUUUGCCAGUGAUGUACUAUUUCAGUUUGAGGAGUCUGUCUAGUGAUUUGGUACACUUUUGGAUCAGUAAAUAUUCUAAUCUUGUUGUUUGGCUGUUUGCUUACCUUGGAAUUGUUUACUUAGUUGUCAGAAGUUUUUGAACAAGAAAUUGAUCCUGUUAUGAAAACGCUGGGAUAUUGCUGUGGAAGAAAGGUAAAUACAUUGAACAAUGGAUUACAGGUGCAGCAGGACAACUUUCUUUAACUUGAUUCCCUUGAUUAGUUGUUCUUCUCUCUGUUUACUUGUCCUUCUCUCCAUUAAUCUUUUCCUUUAUUAUCCCUUUUCCAGUAUAUAUUUCACCCACAAGUUCUGUGUUGCUAUGGAAAGCAUUUGUGUACAAUUCCACGGGACGCUACCUACUGGACAUAUCAAAAUCGGUAAGGUAGCUUACUUUAAUGACAAACUUCACUUUGAUUGUGAGAAUGAGAAUAUUGUUCCACACUAACAUCUCUUGUCAUUAUAUUAAGUACCUUUUUCAAUUUAAAAGAAUACUGGCUGUACAUCUUCUCUGAUAAGACAUUUAAAUUUAAAGCGGGUAUUUAGGGGAACCUAUGGCACUGAGCACAGCUUAUGAUCAGAUUUUGGGUCAAAAAGGUACUAAAAGCAUAUUUACUCGCAUCAUUAUGGUCUUAGGAUUUGCUCUUGAAUUUAGAAUUCAUGUACUUAUACCUUAGCCAAAAUGUCUGCAUAGCAGCAGAUAUGUCAUGAAUUUAAGAAAAUGUACAACAUUUUUUAAAAACAUGUUUUGACUGUUCUUCUCUCAUUGUCAGUUCUGAUUUAUACCAAGUACAACGUUGAAUUUAAAGUGUAUAACAAAAUGCUCAUUGGAUGAAACAAACAAUAGAAACAACACAGUGUAUGCAAUUACAAGGAAAGUUUUCAAUUAACAUGCUAAAGUUGAUGAUGAAGUGUAGGUUGCUUCCAUUGAAUGUGAAUAGCUUCUUUAAUUUAGAGUUGGAGUGUUGUGGAAGCAUGAAGUAAGAUGCUAAAACACUCAUCAAAACAUAGAGUACAACACUGUGGAGAAUUUUGUAAAUGUCUGAAAAUGUGAGUUUUUAUCACUGACCAAGAGCUCUUACAGAUGUGUGGAUAAAUGCUGAUGGGUUUCACUGACAUAGCAGGCAGUAGAGUCAGCACAUAAAACUUGUGAACCACACAUGUACAGAGCCCAUGUGUGAGCCCCUUCAACUCAAAAAUGUUACAUUCUAACUGUAAUAAUUCAAUUGAACCAACAAUUUUAUUUGUUACAGAGACCCAUGUAUGAGCCCCCUUCAACUCAAAAAUACCGAUACAAUUAAACAAAGAUAAUCAUUAAUAAAAAUACAAUUGUUAAAUAAAAUAAAAUAAAAUUAAGUCCGUUGAAUAAUUAAAUAAUCAAUUGCAAAGUUAUCAAGAUAUAUAAUACAAUUGAAACAAGACUUAAACGAAGAGUUACUUUAUCAAGAGAUAUUUACAAAUUUCAGAGCAGCGAUAUCAACAUUCAUCUCCUCAAUUUCCAAAAGUUUUAACAGGCGAUUUUUAAGUUCACGCUUAAACGGGUUCUGUUUUUAAUAAUGGGUUCUUUUGGGAUGCUAUUCCACAAUCUUACACCUAUUCUAGCAAAAAAGAAAAUAAAAGUUGGUUAGUUCUAGACGCUUUAACGCACAGAUUAGCCGUUGCUGAGAAUCUUGUGAAAUGGUGAUGAACCUGCUCGGAGUGGAUAAAGAGCAUAGAAAUAUUAGACGGGCACGGUGAUUAUCAAUGUCAUGCAUCAAAGAGGAAACCAAAUGAGAAUAGAGCAUAGUUAUUGGUAAGAUUCUGAGUUAACAAAUAGCGGGCACUAUGAGAUUUGCUAUCCGCAAAAAAUACAUUAGUCGAGAGCACGCGUUUUUGUAAAAUGAGAACCUUAUUUAAAUGAGUGUUAGCAGCUUGUCCCCAGGCAAUAAGACCAUAAGAGAUAGGGUUCAAUUAAGGAGCGGUAGAUGUUAAGAAGUGUGGCAAAUGGGACAAGAUGUCUUAACCUGGCAAUUAUACCAAUUCCUUUACUAACUUUAGAUGAGAUAUAAUCAAUAUGAUACUUCCAAGAGAGGUUAUUAUCUAUCAGAAUUCCUAGAUAUUUCACAAAAGUUUUUUGUUCUAGAGAUACACUUUUUUAAGAUCGUUAUUAUAAAUUUUCAAGUGAACUAUGUAGUCCAAUUUGCGUUGGUAAGGAUGGAAAAUAACAAAGUUAGAUUUACUAGUGUUAAGAGAAAGUUUGUUUGCGUCCAACCAGUCACCCACUUUUUAUGAAGUUCAUCAUUAACAACUUUUUCAAGAUCCUUAAGAUCUUUGUUUGAAUAAAGCAAGUUAGUAUCGUCCAGCAAAUAGGUAAAACUCAAAAAUCUGGGAGCAACGGUAAAUGUCGUUAACAUAAAUCAAAAAGAGAAGGGGGCCAAGUACAGACCCUUGAGGGACACCACAAACUAUCUCUUCUAUAUUCGACACGGUUGAACCAAUUUGAGUCGACUGGUUCCUGUUCAACAAGUACGAAGAGAACCAGUUAUUAAUUAUUCCUCUGACUCCAUAAUGAUAUAAUUUGUGCAGUAAGAUUGAGUGAUCCACCGUAUCAAAAGCCUUUUUAGGUCAAUAAAAAUACCACAAGAGAAUAACUUUGCAUCAAUAUUAGUUUGAAUUUUGCUUAAGAUAUCUAAAAUUGCAUGUUGGGUUGAACACUUGUCUCUAAAUCCAUAUUGAGAAGUAAAAAGAUACCGCUUUUUUUUCGCAAUGUGCUAGUGCCGACAAGGUAGUCCUGGAAAUUUAUCCUGUAAUCAACCCUGAUUUGUUAAGGGGAUUGUUGAGCCAAGAUAUCAUUGUUGUGAUUUUUUUUUUACAGCUUCCACUACUGCGAACGAUGCUUUGAUGAGAUUCCAGGUGAAGCUGUCAACCUUGGGGAUGACCCUACACUGAUGCAAAGGUUGGAUGCUGGUCGUCUUAUCUUGUUACAUAUGGUGGAAUUAAAACAAUUUUGUUGAACUUCUUCCAACCUUCUCAAAGUGACAGUGCAGGAGGUGUAUUGUAAAGGGUCAUGAUUCUUUAUCUGUUCGGUUUGAAAACAGCAAACACAUUAUCAGCUGUUAUACUUACUACAAUUUUAAAUGACCCUUGUUUUCUGUGUUACAGCACGGUGCCCAAAGGCAAUUUCUCAAAAACCAAGAAUGAUCACCUCGACAUGGAGCCGUAAGUACCCUGAUCGUUAGCUGUGGUAUUUACUUUAUUUCCCAGGAAAUUCUAUGCUAGCUAACUGGUUUUUCUCAAAUGGCAUGACGUUUGAUGCAAGUUUAUGAACUAAGGUGAAUCUUUGUUAUGUAGAUUUGUUGAUUGCAUUGACUGUGGCAGAAAGGUUCAUCAGAUCUGUGUUCGCCACCAUGAGUUUAUUUGGCCAAAUGGGUAAGCAUAAAUGUGUUUGAAUCCUGUCAGAUUGUAAUUGUUUCUACAUUAUCAGUCCAAUUUUAAGAUAAAUUAGGAUGAAGACCAAACAAUAUUUGGCUUGAGAUGUCAUCACUAUCUCUCACAUAUAUAUAUCCUAACUAAGAGCUGUAAGAGCAUAUUUUCAUCCUUCCCAAGAAUAUUCUUUCAACCCACUGGUAGUCCUUGGCUUUAGUGAUGCCUCACUUAACAUCAUGUAUGACAAAGUUUGAUGUCUUAUAUGUUAACUAUUAAUUUUCCAGUUAUCAAUGUGAUGCAUGUUUGCUGAAGAGAGGUAUGAAGAGGAAGGAAAACAGGUUCACUGCAAAAAGUAAGUUUGUUGUAAAGUACCCCUGUUUGUUACAUGUGGUUAAGGUUUUAGCUUUUAGUUGGAGUGUCAGUUAUCAUUUAGCAAAACUGAAGUCUGUUUCUUCCUAAUUAUUUUCUUCUUUAGAGCUCCCCACAACUAGACUUGGUGAUUUGAUUGAAAAGAGAGUUAACAACUUCUUAUUGAAAGAAAACUGUCCAGGAAAUGUGACAAUUCGAGUUGUGUCAUCAGUUGACAAACAGGUGGAAGUAAAGCCAGGAAUGAGAGCAAGGUUUGUAAUAUUGAUUAAUGAUUAUGUUCUUGUUUGUAGUAUUUGUGAUGUCUUCACAGGGAAAUCUUAUUAAUAUGUGAGCUUUACAGUUUGGAAUCAUAGAUGUCAUAACAGCCAUCAAGAAGACAUGAUUUUUUGUGAUCUCUAACUAUUAUCUUUUUAUUGGUUUUGAUAGAUAUGAUGAAGGUAGUUUUCCUGGGUCAUUUCCAUACCGUGCUAAAGCCAUGUUUGCCUUUGAAGAGAUUGAUGGUGUGGAUGUUUGCUUCUUUGGCAUGCAUGUGCAAGAGUAUGGCUCUGAGUGUGCAUUGCCAAACACACGACGUGUAUACAUCUCAUACUUGGACAGUGUUCACUUCUUUCAGCCACGGCACCUGCGCACAUCUGUCUACCAUGAGAUCCUCAUUGGUUACCUAGAACAUGUGGGACACCUAGGGUAUAGUGCAUUGUAUUUCGAUUAUAGUAGUUCAUAUUUUGCAGAAAUAAAUAAUUAUGUAGAUUUUGAGUGAAGUUAAGGGAUAACCCAUUUGUGUUUGCAAACUGUAAGGCAACUUCAGUUUCACCAGUUGUAAUAUUUUCAUCUAAACUCUAUUAAGACUUAGGGUUGUUGAGAUAGUAUUGAGGAAAACUGUUUGCAGGUAAAUAGUUGGUAAGUAGUCAGAUUUUUUUUAACCAAAGGAGUUGUCAUAGUUCAAUUGAAUCUGUAAAAAAAAAACAAAAGUUUUGACAGUGAGUUUAAUUUUUUAGGUAUCAGAUUGCACAUAUAUGGGCAUGUCCACCCAGUGAAGGGGAUGACUACAUUUUCCACUGCCACCCUGUUGAACAGAAGAUUCCCAAACACAAGCGACUGGUUGAUUGGUACAAAAAGAUGCUUGACAAAGCCAUCAGAGACCGUGUUGUCAUUGAGUACAAGGUAAUAAAAAGACUUACUUUGCAGUAACCUUUUGAUAGACAGACAGGGGGACAACAGGCAGUUUGGGAAUUCCUUUUAACCUAGCUGUUGAAUUAGAAAAUAGAAACAUCUUUCCAAUUCUCUGGUGAACAAUUUCUUCACUACACAUUGGAUUCCCAAACACCUACAUUAAUCAUGAAAUAUAUUAUCCCUGUAACAGGACAUAUUAAAGCAAGCCACUGAUGAUAACUUGACAGCAGCAAAAGAGUUGCCCUACUUUGAUGGAGACUUUUGGCCAAACGCAUUGGAAGACAGCAUCAAAGAGCUUGAUCAGGAGGAGGAAGAGAGAAAGACAGCGGCUGCAGCUGCUGCUGCUGACACUGCUGGCAAUGAGGUACUUCCUAGUUUAAUUUGGCAGGCUCUGGCAGCUCUAUAAUGACCGAAGUCUUUUAACUGUUUGUUGUAGAGUAAUGCAUUACAAUUUAAAUACCCCAACGACAAUUAUUCUCUAGUCUUGCGCGAUAAUUUGUUUGUUGAGGCAAAAGGUAAUUUUCAUUCCUCGUUAUGAUUUAGGUAAGUGAGAGAGGGGAGAUUUACCUUUUACAGCCAAACUAACCAAAUCACACUUUUUGCAUUAAAAAAAAACUUUUAGGGAACUCCGGGCAGCAAGAAUAAAGGAAACAACAAGCGAAGUAACAACAAGAAAGGAACCAAGAGUAAAGCAAGUAAUCGUAAGAACCCAAAGAAAACUAAUGGUCCUGUCAUGGGUCUGUGUGACUUGUCACAGAGAUUGUACAACACCAUGGAGAAGCACAGAGAGGUAACAUAAACCAUCGUGUGUUUUUAUUUUAUUAUUAUUUCAAUUCAUAUUUAGCACCUACCACCUUCCUGUCAAACUUUAAUCCGGAUUCCUACGGCCCCCUCUUAUUCUUGAAAUUAUUCCAGUAAUCCUGUCUCCAAGCGUCUUUUGUCAAAAACGGGACACUUAAAGCAAGUUGUAAUUCAUUUAAAACGUUAUCCUCUUCACAGGUAUUUUUUGUCAUCCGACUGAAUGGUCGUAAGACUCCGGAAACAAGUGACCCCGACCAGCUGAUGAACUGUGACAUCAUGGAUGGCCGAGAUGCCUUUUUGACGCUGGCCCGUGAGAAGCACUACGAAUUUUCGUCAUUGCGCCGUGCAGUUUUUUCCACUAUGGCCAUGCUGGUCGAACUUCACAAUCAGGGAGGGGAUCGAUUUGUUUAUACUUGCAACAUUUGUAAGAGACCUGUGGAAACCAGAUAUCACUGCAAUGAAUGCGAGGUACACAAAGUGAUAAUUUCCUUAGUAUUGUUUUGCUAUUAAGAGCGGAAGUAACUUACCCCUAUCUUCUUUGAUCAGAGACGGCUAAAAGUUGUCAUUCAGUCCACAUGUGCUCAUUACAAAUUCAGUAUCAUACUGUACAGGUUACUGAUAUGGUAUUUCCUCAUGCAGAUCAUUAGAAAAUGACUUUGCAUUUCACCAGUUUGAGAGAAGCUGGUCUUAGUUUGGAAAGGAUGUUUUAUCUAGCAUGAUUUCUCGCUACACUUUUCAUUCGUCAGCAAAGCCCUAACAAUAUUUACUUUAUUAUUUUUUUUUAGGAUUACGAUCUGUGCCUACCUUGCUACACCGAUAAAGGACAUGAACACAAAAUGGAGAAGCUGGGAUUCGACCUGGAUAUAGAUCAACAACAAGGGCAAGGUGAUGACAAGGAACGACCGCAACUCAGUGCGCAGGAAGAACGGCGAUUGAAGAUACAGCGCUGUAUACAGAGCCUGGUACAUGCCACUCACUGCAGAGAGCUGAAUUGCCAACUGACAAGUUGUGCUAAGAUGAAGCGUGUUGUGGAGCAUACGAAGACGUGCAAGCGCAAAACUGGUGGAGGAUGUCGCAUUUGUCAAGAGCUCAUUCAUUUGUGUUGUUAUCAUGCAAAGCACUGCAUAGAGAGAGAAUGUGUGGUACCAUUCUGCCGACACAUAAAACUAAAGCUUAGACAACAACAAACACAGCAAAGAUUUGCACAAUCCCAAACUCUUCGCAGGCGAGUGGCUGCGAUGCAGCGACAGGGAAUGCAGCAUCCACCUCCCAUGCCAAGCCAGACAAUGCAACAAGGCAUUACCAGCCCUGGAACUAUGGGACAGUCUCAUCCAGCUUUGCAACCUCCCCAGCAGCAGCCCCCUCCUUACCAACCACCUGUCAUGCCUCAGAAACCUGUUAUUAGUGGCCCUCCUCCGCGUGCAGUUGAGGCAGCACAAAAAAUUGCGCAAGUUGCUACAAUGCAAGCUGUGAGUAACAGUGUGCAGAUUGGUAUACAGGGUCGCAAUGUUCCUCAUCCUCAGCAAGUAUUCCAACAGCAGCAGCCUCCUAAUAUGACAUCUCCAUCUGGACCAAUGGCACCACCAACUAUGAUGAGACCGCAGAACCCUGCUCUGAUGCAGCAAGGUAUAGGGCAGGGCCUUCAACCGGCCAUAAACAUACCUCAACCUAUGCAACAAUCAAUGGGUCAGUCAAUGCAACCUUCAUCCGGAGCACCUGUCCAACCAAACACUCCUACGUUAGAGUGGUACGCCAAACAUCAUCAACAACAGCAACAACAACAGCAGCAGAUGAACCACCCCAACGCCAUGAUGCCAGGUGGACAACAACAGUAUCCUCAAAUGCCAGGACAGCAAGGGAUGGCCUCAGUUGGAUCUCAACAGAACCGACCCAACAUGGGUGUGCCUGCUUCUCUACAGCAGCUGUUGUAUACGCUGAAGGGUCCAACUACUCCCCAGCAGCAGGCUAAAGUGCUAAGCAUCCUUAAACAACAUCCACAACUUAUGGCGGCAUUCUUAAAACAACGGCAACAGCAACAACAACAGCAUCAGCAGCAACAACAGCAGCAGCAACAAGGUAUACCUCCAGGAAUGCAGCAAGGGAUGCAGCAAGGAAUCCAACAAGGAAUGCAGCAAGGAAUGUCACAAGGCUUGCAACAAACUAUGCAACCUAAUAUGCAACAAAAUAUGCCGCACAACUUACAAGCUGGCAUUCAGCAACAAACAAUUCAGCAAAAUAUGGCUCAAGGAAUGGCCAGUAUGCAGCAAAACUUGCAACAAGGGAUGCAAAAUCCAAUGCCACAAGGAAUACAUCAAGGUAUGCCAAAUGCUGUACCACAGAAUAUGCAGCAUUCCAUGCAGAACCCCAUGCAACAAAUGCCAGUUGCUUCACAGCCCAGUGUUAGUCAACAGCAGUUUUUAAGAAUGUUUCAACAGCAACAACAGCAACAUAUUCAACAGCAACAACAACAGCAGCAGCAGCAGCAGCAGAACAUGUUUCAACAACCUCAACUGCCUCCUUUCUCGCAAAUGAACGCAUUGAGGAGAGGCCAAGUGCAAAAUCAGUUGACUAAUUCACAGGCAGGUAUGAUGCAUCCGCACAAUGGUCAACCACAGGCGUCGUUGCCGCAACACUUCCAGACUAAACAGACGCCAUUUGCGGCGCAUUUAAUGUCUCCACAGUCAGCGAACCCAAUGUCACCGCAGCAAGGUAUUCAUCCCUCUCAGUCACCGCGACCAGUCAUGUCUCCGCAACCUCAUCCGACAGGGGCAUCACCACGGCAACAGCCCACCAUGUCCCCACAUCCACAGCAGUCUACUCUAACGUCUCCACGGCCUGCGCCCUCGCCGCAUCAGGCCGCCACAUCCCAGAUGGAUAACCAACUUUUAGACAAACCGCUGUUCAGCACUCGAAUGCCACUUCCCCCGCUUCAGACUUCCACGGAUCCAGACCUGUCAAUUGGUCAGGAAGAUUCACCACUCACGCCACAAGAUCAGUUGACCAAGUAUGUCGAAAAUUUAUAAUAAAAGAAAGAAAACCAGCAAACCCGUUGGGAAAAAAAAAGAGAAAAGAAUUUUAAAGUAAGGAAAGAGAAGAGAUGAAAUGUACUUUAUGGAGCAAACUUUAUACGUAGUUUUAUCGCAGUGAGAAUCGAGAUGACGAAAUUUUCUACCAUUCGUACCAUUAUUAUAUAAUUAAUUUGUAUAGCUGUUAAGCUGAUAAAUAUCAGCUUAUAAGGGCUCGAUCCCUUGACCAAAGUCAGAGAGAUAGAGCACUCCAAGGAAUUUUAGUUUUAGAGUUUUUUGAACGUCUUCAGUCAAGAGGCACUGUAUAAAGCGCACAUUCUUACAAUGCAUAUAUAUUUGUUCAAACGUACUUGUGUACCAAUAAAUGUGUGCACUUUUCACAACGUUUGUGUGCUUAUUAGCUUCUUAUAAUUUGUAAAUAAAAUUAAAGCCCUU